AUGGCUGAUGACAUCGUUAUCGACAAGCAGCUCUUCCACGAGCGCCUGGAGAAGUUCGUCACUCAGUGGAAGGCCGACAAGCGAUCUGGCGACCAGCUCUUCAACGGCGCCGCCUCCAUCGCCACCGUCGUUGGAAAGGCGAGCGAUCCCGGCAGCUAUUUGAAGCCCGCUGCUUUUCAACUAUGGCUACUGGGCUACGAGUUUCCCCACACAUUGUUUAUUCUCACACCGGAUCUCCUGCAGAUUGUCACAACGAAGAAGAAAGCGACGUAUCUGGAGCCCCUCAAGGGUGGCAAGGUGGCAGUGGACAUCAUCGUCCGCGGCAAGGAUCCGGAGGAGAACAAGAAGCAGUUUGAGAAAUGCGUCGAGACCAUCAAGAACGCAGGCAAGAAGGUGGCCAUCCUGAAGAAGGACAACGCAACCGGCGGCUUUGCGGAUGAGUGGAAGGCGGCAUUCCAGGCUGCAGACAUCAAGGAAGAGGAUCAGGUCGACCUGGCUCCCAUCCUAUCCAAUGCAGCCCUAUCCGUCAAAGAUGAGAGGGAGCUGCGCCUCAUGCGCGACGCAUCACGAGCCUCUAGCGCCGUUCUCACGAAUUAUUUCGUCGAGGAAAUGUCCGACAUCCUGGACCAGGACAGGAAGAUCACCCACAAAGCGCUCGCCAACAAGGUGUCGGAAAAAAUCGAUGAUACUGGUUUCUUCCAGAAGCAAAAGCUCCCUAAGGGCUUCGACCCCAUGCAGCUCGACUGGUGCCUAGCUCCGACGGUUCAAAGCGGCGGCAACUACGACUUGAAGUUCAACAAUGAGCCCGACGAGAGCAAUCUACAUGCUGGCGUGAUUGUCGCUGCGCUUGGUCUCCGCUAUCAGACGUAUGGUUGCGUUGUCGCUCGCACCUACAUGGUUGAUCCCCAACGAAAAGAACACGAGGCGAAUUACAAAUUGCUGCUCUCCGUACACGAAACUAUCAUAAAGUCGAUCAAGGCCGGGGUAAUCGCUCGCGAUGUUUACAACAGGGCCCUCAAUAUGGUGAAGAGUAAGAAGCCCGAACUGGAGAAACAUUUCCCCAAAAAUGUUGGCUAUGGCAUCGGAACGGAGAACAAGGACGGCACCCUUCUGUUGAGCGGCAAAAACACCCGCACACUCAAGGAUGGUAUGACCCUGGUUGUUAGCACCAGUUUCGCCGACCUAGAGUUCCCUGGUGCGAAGGAUAAGCGGAGCAAGACGUACUCGCUAAUCUUGUGCGACACCGUGCGCGUUGGUGUUAGCGAUGGCGUCGCAUUUACCAAGGACGCCCCGUCCGACUUUGACGAGAUCUCUUUCUUCUUUGGAGAUGAGGACGAGGAGGAGAAGAAGCCCAAGGCGAAGAAGGAAAGACCUGCUAUCGCGAAGACGAACAUAACCGCGACGCGCACACGGCAUGAGCGGGCUACCAAUCAGGAUGCAGAGAAGGAAGAAAUGCGACGGCAACAUCAGAAAGAGUUGCAUGAGAAAAAGCAGCAGCAGGGCCUCGAGACCUACGGUCUGGGUGCGAAAGCGCUCAAUGGCACCGAGGAGAAGAAAUUCAAAAGAUUUGAGUCUUACAAACGCGAUAAUCAGCUGCCAUCCGCUGUGGCCAACUUGGAAAUCCUCGUCGACAAAAAGAACCUCACCGUCAUCCUCCCAAUCAUGGGACGGCCUGUGCCUUUUCACAUUCACACUAUCAAGAACGCUUCUCACACGCCUGAGAAUGACUUCACAUCAUUACGUAUUAACUUCCUCUCCCCUGGUCAGGGCGUUGGCCGCAAAGACGAUCAACCAUUCGAAGAUCCAAACGCCCACUUCAUCCGCAGUUUGACAUUCCGCUCGCACGAUAUCGAACGAAUCGAAAAUAUUACUCGGGAUAUUACCGAGUUGAAGAAGGAGGUGGUUCGACGGGAGCAGGAGAAGAAGCAGAUGGAGGAUGUGGUCGAACAAGAUAAACUCAUACCCUUGAAAAAUAAACGACCCGCUACUUUGGAUUUGGUCUUCAUGCGGCCAGCACUCGAUGGCAAGCGCAUGCCUGGCACCGUCGAGAUCCACCAAAACGGUCUCCGGUAUAUUCACGGCAUGGGCCAAAUCAAGGUCGACAUCCUCUUCAGCAACAUCAAACACCUCUUCUUCCAGCCCUCGCAGCACGAACUCAUUGUUAUCAUUCACGUCCACCUGAAGAACCCCAUCAUGAUCGGCAAGAAGAAGGCAAGGGACGUACAGUUUGUUCGCGAAGCCACAGAGAUGCAGUUCGAUGAGACGGGUAACAGGAAGCGACGCCAUAAAUUUGGUGACGAGGAGGAAUUCGAGCAAGAACAGGAAGAGCGGAGGAGGCGAGCCCAGCUGGACAAAGAAUUCAAGAAUUUCGCCGAGAAGAUUGCUGAUGCCGGCCGGAACGAAAACGUGUCAGUUGAUAUUCCAUACCGUGAGCUGGGCUUCAACGGUGUGCCGUCCCGAUCCUCUGUCCUCAUCCAACCGACCACGGACUGCCUCGUCCAGCUCACCGAGCCACCCUUUACCUGCAUCACUCUUUCGGAAAUCGAGAUUGUGCACCUGGAGCGCGUCCAGUUCGGCCUCCGCAACUUCGACAUGGUCAUUGUCUUCAAGGACUUCAAUCGGCCGCCUGUCCACAUCAACACGAUCCCGGUGGAGUCGCUCGACCCGGUCAAAGACUGGCUCGACAGCGUCGACAUUCCCUUCUCCGAGGGCCCGCUCAACCUCAACUGGGCCACCAUUAUGAAGACGGUGACGUCGGAUCCGCACGCCUUCUUCGCCGAUGGCGGUUGGUCCUUCCUCAACACGGAAUCUGACGAUGAAGAUGAAGAUCAAGAGGAGGAGGAGUCUGCCUUUGAAGUCAGCGAAUCCGAGCUUGAAGAUGCGUCCGAAUCUAGCGAGGAUGACAGCGAUUUCGACGAGAACGCGUCCGACGAGAUGAGCGAUGAGGGAGAUGAAGAGGAGUUGUCUGAAGAGGGAGAGGACUGGGAUGAGCUCGAGAAGAAGGCAGCGAAGAAGGACAGGGAGAGUCACUUGAAUGGGAGUGAUGAUGACAGAAAGGGGAAAAGCGGGAAGAGGAAGAGGUAG